AUGGCAUCAUCAAGCCGGGUCCAGCUACGAGUGGUCAUUGUCGGGUGUGGAAUAGGCGGGUUAGCAGCGGCAUAUUGCCUAGGACGAGCCGGCCAUCACGUCACCGUCGUUGAAGCCGCGUCUGCCCUUCGAGAGGUUGGGGCAGGGAUUCAACUCACGCCCAAUGUCUCUCGCUUGCUCGUUCGCUGGGGCCUCUCACCACUGCUCGAAAGAGUCGCCGUAAAGCCUACGACGCUGGCUUUCUGCAGUUAUAACAGCGGCGAGCAGGUCGGGUUCGCUGUCUUCGGUGGCAAGAUGGAGCGCGAACACGGGGCUCCGUAUUACCAUAUCCACCGAGCAGACCUCCACGAGAUGCUGUACGCCGCGGCGAAGCCGUACAUGGACCUGCAUCUUGGCCAGCGUGUUGUGGCGCUCGACGCGUCCUCGGCAUCCCCAGCGGUGCUCCUGUCCUCCGGUGCAACCCUCGUGGCCGACCUCGUAAGGGCCCGGUCUGCUCACCGGGCCCUAAUAGGCGCUGACGGGAUCAAAAGCUGCAUCCGUGAUUUCGUCGCGCCCACAGUGGGCCCCCCGAUCCCAACUGGGGAUGCGGCGUAUCGUUUCAUUGUAUCUGUGGAGGAUAUGCAAAGGGACCCCGAUCUAAGAACGUUGGUUGAUACGCCAAAGGUGCAUUGCUGGAUGGGCCCCGACAGGCACGUCGUGGCUUACUGCGUGCGUUCCCAGAAAGAAUACAAUGUUGUCAUGAUACAUCCGGAUAACGGGUCCGUCGAAUCGUGGACGAAGCAAGGUGAUGUGGAGGAUAUGAAGAAGGAUUUCGGGAAUUGGGAAAUCAGGAUACAGAAGUUGAUGACGUUAGCGAAAUCGACGUUGAACGGCAAAGUCAUGGCGCAUGCUCCGCUAGACACUUGGGUGGAUCCAAGUGGCCGAGUCGUUCUCUUGGGAGACGCUGCCCAUCCGAUGCUUCCCUAUCGUGCGCAGGGCGCUGCCAUGGCCAUCGAGGACGCAGCCGUUCUAGGCAACCUCUUCUCCCGCAUAUCGUGCAAAUCAGAAAUAGGUGCCCUCUCGCGCGCGUACCAGAGCAUCCGCCACCCACGCACUACCGCCACGCAACAGGCGACCCUGCGCAAUCGGGACACAUUCCACUUCCACGACGGGCCUGCACAAAGGGCGCGGGACGCAUCCAUGAAGGUGGCCAUGGCGGAGGCGUUGAAGGAGUAUGAGGGCGAGAUCGCGCGGAUGGGAGAGCAGGAGGGGAACGCGAAUAUGUGGGCUGAUAAGCGGAAGAACGACGAACAGUUUGGCUACGAUGCGGACGAAGCUGUGGAUUCUUGGUGGAGGGAAAACUGGGAUAAUAAUGUGAGAGCUAAUUUAUGA